GCGAACAGACUUCGCUGAGGACGAGAGACACAGAGAGACACCGGGAGACCCCCUCUCUCUAUAUAUAGACUCUAUGGAGACACCGGGAGAAUGAACGCGGCGGAGCGCAGGCUCGCCGAGCUCGUGCACGAGCGUCCCAACCUGUACGACCAGUCCCGGCAGGACUACAAGGACGGCGUGAAGAGCCAGGAGUCGUGGGGGGAGGUGGCGGGCGCCAUGGGGAGGCCCGAGUUCGAGGUGAGGAUCAAGUGGAAGAAUCUGCGCGACAAGUUCUGCAAAGCGAAGAAGCGGAUGGCCAGGAGAGGCUGCCCCCUGCUGGACGGAGAGGAGCGCGGCGCGGUGCAGCGGGCCGGGCCGGCGCUGCUGCACCAGCUGGUCUGGCUCAGCGACUUCGUGAAGCCCAGAGAGGAACGCGACAAGAGAGAAGCUGGGAGUGGCGAUGACCUGGAGAGAGUGCGUGAUAAAGUGAAGGAGCAGCACACACCGCUGUCUGCCAUCAGUAGCAGCUUCUCUCUGCUGGAGGCCUGUCCAUCCAACCGCCAGGAGCUGGUCUGUCCUAACCGUAAGAGGCAAGCCAACACAGAAACUGAGAUCAGUUCUGCAGAUGCCCUCACCAACAUUAGAGAUGAAGAUGAACUGUUCCUGCUCAGCCUCCUGCCCUCACUGAAGAGGCUCACCAUUAAAAAGAGAAUGGAGGUGCGGAUGAAAUUCCAGCAGGUGCUUUACGCUGCAGAGUUUGAGGACUGAAGAGAAAAACUUGAUAGGUUUAGUCAUAUUUAUGUAAUGAUCCUUUAAGUUGAAAAGAGUUUGAAUGAAUUAGUUCAAAGUUCAGUUCAUGCAGAUGAAAAUUAACUUGUUCACGUUCAUAGUUAAAUUUUUACAAUUUUGAACUAAGUUCAAGAUUCUAAAAACGAACUAGUUCACGUCCAUUAAAAAGAAAAAAAAAUCAAUAACGAGGGCUACGUUGUAGCACUAACGGGCCCGGGCACACGCAUUUUGAAGCCUGUUGCGGUUAGUGGAGAGAGAGAUCAAUGACUUCACUUCCUGCGUCCGUCACGCAAAGUAAAAAUGUGGGAAAUGGCCAAAUGACCACUAAAUCCAAAAUGGUCGACUUCCUGUUGCCUUUUUCAUAAUGCACUGAGAAACAUUUUUGUGCAUCUGGUUAUGAAACACAACUGUCCUAAUUUUCGUGAGGAUAGGUGAAAGAUGAGGGGCUUCCCGUAAGUGGCGCUUAUGUCGAAUGUUUGUGUUUUCUAGUCAUUUUUAUUUAGCCAGAUAUUGAAAGCAUAACAACAAGCCCCUGGUUGUUCAUACUAUAAACUAGAGUAAACAGUUGUUAGUUAAUUAGGUGCAUAUGUACAGUAACAUGUACGUUAAUGCAACAAAAUACAACAGACCGACAAUAACACCUCUGGUUUGAACCUCAUAAUGUUCAUUCAUCCCAAUUUUGAAGCUGUAUGUUGUUAUGUUAUAAUUGUACAUUUUAAAAUAUGUAAAAUAAGAACAUGAUUUUUUUUACAUUUAAGCUAUAAAGUGGGGAAGUUGAUAAACAGCUAUGUUUUUAUUAUAUGUAAAUAAAGUUCACUGACAGAAUGUAUGGUAUUAUCUUUCUGAU